GUUUAUUAAUUAAUUAAAAAAAAAGGAAUCGAAAAGAAAAGACGUCGUAACUCGCUGUCAAACCCCUCCGCUCCUCUUCGAUCCGAGAAGAAGCAGGAGGAGGACGAGGAUAAAGGUUCACGCGCCCCUUUUCGGCGUCCCAAGCCUCGGAGGUGAUGCUGUGCAUGCAAUCAUGGUUAGCUUAAGAAGCUAAUCGUCUAUUGGCUUAAAUUUCUGCUUCACAUGACAUGGUGUUUCCAUCUACCUAAUGGUUUUGUGGAGCAAUCCCCAAGACCAGCAAUUCCAAAUGUACAUAGCCUAAUCAGAAAAGUCACAUAACUCAAUACUUCAAGUAAUUCAGGCACAAAGGAUCCACUGAUUGUCAUAGAAUUCAAGUUAUCCAAAUUAGAAAAAUCUAUGGGUCGAAAUAUAUCUUUCUUCAUUUUAUUAAUGCUUCUCCCCCUAGUUGAUUCAUCAAGACCAUGGAAGAUGCUGAUCAUGAACUCAGGAGGGGCGUCAAACUUGUUACGUAGCUGGACUAUUUUCAGUGCAGGAAUAUUUGCACUCAUGGCAUCAAUGAUGUCUGUGUUUCUUAUUAUCCAGCACCUUGCAGUCUAUAAGCUGCCUGAGGAGCAGAAAUUCUUGAUAGGUCUCAUUCUGAUGGUUCCUGUAUAUGCAAUUUCAUCGUUCUUGUCUUUGUCAUACACAAAAAUUGCAUUCAUCUUUGAAGUGUUGCGGGACUGUUAUGAAGCUUUUGCUAUGUAUUGUUUCGAGAGGUACUUGAUUGCUUGUUUAGGCGGCGAGGAAAAUACAAUAAAACUUAUGGAGACUCAAAGUGAAAUAUCUUCUAGCACACCUCUAUUGGAGAUUGAGUACGCAGAUGGACUUGUAAGACAUCCAUUUCCAUUGAAUUGCUUCAUGAAGCACUGGUAUCUUGGUCCUGACUUCUACCAAUCUGUUAAGAUCGGAAUUGUUCAAUAUAUGAUACUUAAAACAGUAUGCGCUCUGCUAGCAAUCAUUUUAGGACUUUUGGGAGUUUAUGGCGAAGGGAAAUUUGAAUGGAGAUAUGGGUACCCAUAUCUGGCGGUCAUACUCAAUUUUAGUCAGACAUGGGCCUUGUAUUGCCUUGUACAGUUCUAUUCUGUCACUAAACACAAGCUGGAACCAAUCAAGCCCUUGGCAAAAUUCCUUGUAUUUAAGUCCAUUGUAUUCUUAACUUGGUGGCAAGGUGUUGCUAUUGCAUUUCUCUUUUCAGCUGGAGCUUUGAAAGGCCAUUUAGCACAACAGCUGAAGACACGUAUUCAGGAUUAUAUCAUAUGCAUUGAGAUGGGGGUUGCUGCAGUGGUUCAUCUCUAUGUAUUUCCAGCUAAACCAUAUAGCCGUGGGGAAAGAUGUGUUCGGAAUGUUGCUGUUAUGACAGAUUAUGCUUCACUUGGUACCCCUGAUCCAGAAGAGGUUAAAGAUUGUGGAAGAUCAACAAGAGUACGGAUCAUUCGCCCUGAUGACCAGGAAACACUUUUGAGUUUCCCUCAGAGUGUUCGAGACGUUUUGUUUGGAAGUGGUGAAAUUGUGGCUGAUGAUGUGAAAUUCACUGUUUCUCACGUGGUAGAACCCGUAGAGCGAGGUAUUGCAAAGAUCAAUAAGACGCUUCAUCAGAUUUCAGAAAACGUGAAGCAGCGGGAAAGGGGUAGGAGAAAAACCAAAGACGACAGUUCUGUUGUUCCCUUGAAUUCAUGGAGAGAGGAGUUUUUGGAUGCCCAUCUCGUCGAAGGAAGUUACAGUGAUGGUGGACUGGAUACGAAGAGAUGGCAAGUGAAUGCGAAAUCUAUUGGCUCCAGACAUGGAUCUUUCGAGUUCAACGGUUCAAGAUGGUCGUAACUGUUGCACAUUUAGUAGUUUUAGUUAGCUAGCAGCACUAACACGAGUAACUUCUAUUGUGCUACUGCAUUAUAUUUCAUCUAUAAAUGUUGCUAUACUAAACUUGCCUGACGUAUCGGUAGUGCUGGGUUGGACAAGGACGUGCAGUGAUUUUGGUUUGAGGAUCCUUCAAGAGUUCAUAACUGACCUUUCGGUAUCUUUGAAUCUGGCCCUAGGUUACAAUCAUAAAGUCCCUUUGUAAUUACAAUACUACUGGAUCAGGGAUGUCGUGAAUGAGUUAUAUUCUUCUCUUCUAGUUAUA